AUGGUUCUAGGGCGGCGCGCCUUAUGGCGCACCCGAGGCGACUCGGCCGGAAGCCUCGACGUUCCGGGAAAGGGGGGUUCGGCCGGCAAAGCAGACGGCGCGGCGGUGGUCGACGACGAUCUAGUCAUGACGGAGGACUGGGACGGCGCGGCGGCCGGCGCGGCGGGAAAAGCGCAAACCGGCGGGGGAGACGGCCAGGCGGGGGAUGGUAAAGCCGGUGGAGACGGCGCCGGCGGCGGAGGCGACGGAGCGGGCGAGACAAUGGAGAUUAUGUUGGAAGACGGGCUGCAGUUAACGGUGGAGGUAGACUCGGGCGAGAAGCUUCUGAACGAGCUGGGGUACAAGCAGGAGCUCAAACGCGCGCUCGGGUUCUUCGAGCUGUUCUCCAUCGGCCUGUCUACCAUCACUGUGUUUACCGGCAUUGUGCCGUACUAUGGUCAGGCGUACAUCAACGGAGGCCCAGUGGCGGUGGUGUGGUACUGGUGGAUCACCGUCUUCUUCACGCACCUCAUCGCUCUCUCCAUGGCCGAAAUCUCCUCCUCCUUCCCCGUGGCCGGUUCCCUCUACUUCUGGUCGGCAGCGCUGGCCGGGCCGAAGCACGGCCCAUUUGCUGCGUGGAUCACGGGCUGGCUGGAGUUUCUCGGCCUUUCUGUGGGGCUGGGCGGCGUCUCGUACGGCGGGGUGAUCAUGCUACAGUACACCGUGCUGGUCGCCACAGGAGGGGCGAAUGGGGGAGGCUACCUGCUGAACAACUACGAGUCGUUUGCCAUCACAGUGGGCGCCAUUCUCCUCUGCGGCAUUCUCAACUCCUUCUCCAUCAAAUUCAUUGGCCGCCUUGCCGUCGUCAGUGCCGUCUAUCAGAUGGGUCUCGCCAUAGUCAUCAUGAUUCUGCUGCCGUCGGUAGCGCCAGUGCACCAGAGUGCCUCCUUCGUCUUCACUCACCACCACGUGCAGCUGGACGUGUCUCUGCUGCCCACUAUGGCGUACGCCUUCAUAGCAGCGAUGCAGCUAUCCCAGUACUCCCUCUACGCAUACGACACAGUGGCCCACAUGGCAGAGGAGACCAAGCGCUCCGAUCGCGCGUCCCCAGCCAGCAUGGUGCUCUGCCUGUCCGCGGUCAGCCUGCUCGCGUGGGGGCUGCUCGUCGCCUUCACCUUCUGCAUUCAGAACGACGAGAAUCUCACCAGCCCGGACAGCGUUACGGCCGGCCAGCAGAUCCUGGUUACCAUCAUCUGGGAGGCGUUUUUCGCUCGGUUUGGCAGCGGCACAGGGGCGGUGGUGGUGCUCUCACUCAUCUACAUCGCCUUCCUCUUUGGCGUCUUCGCCGGCAUUCUUGGCGCCUCCCGCGCGGCCUACGCCAUAUCGCGGGACAAGGGCCUGCCCUUCGCGUUCAUCUGGCGGCGGGUGAACCGAGACAAGACGCCCAUCUACUCCGUGUGGCUGUGCUGUGGAGUCGCCAUCCUCUUCUCCCUGCCGCUCCUCAAGGACUCUUUCCUCUUCUCAGCCAUCACCUCCCUCGCCACCGUCGCCUGGGUGGGCGGCUAUGCUGUGCCCAUCUUCUGCCGCUUGAUUCAAAGGGAGGAGGAUUUCGAGCCGGGCCCGUUCUACCUCUCCAAAUACGUCGGCGUCUGGGGCAGGAAACUGAUCAACAUUGGAGCCAUUCUCUUUGUCCUCGAAACAGUCAGCAUCUUUAUGCUCCCAAUGGUGCACGUAUCGCUGGCGGGCGGCGGCCGAGUGCUGGUGCACGUGUCACUGGCGGGGGGCGGGCGGGUGCUGGUGUGGUGGGUAACGAGUGGCAGCACGCCCGCCAGUGUGGAGUAUGGGGAGAGCCGCGGCAAGUACACCAAAACGGCUUCCGGGAGUGUGACUCGUUAUACGCUUAAUGGAUACACGUCGGGGUACAUUCACAAGGUGCUGCUGGAACGGCCCAGGAAGGACGGCGUCUUAAAGCCCGCCACCACCUACUACUACCGCCUGGGAGGCGCGGGGCCUGCGAGGGCCUUCAAGACGCCGCCGCCAUCGUCCCAACCCAUCAGCGUGGCGCUCGUGGCCGACAUGGGUUCUGCGCCACCAGCAGCCGCCACCAUCUCGCGCCUCUCCCGCACGCCCCACGCCCUCGUGGUCUUCCCAGGGGACCUCUCCUACGCCAACGGCUACCAACCAGAUUGGGACACGUGGCAGUCCCUCAUCCAGCCUGCCUCAUCUCUCCGCCCCUGGAUGAUGGCCCCGGGGAACCAUGAGGACGAGGCGGGCGAGGGCGCGCCGAGCUCGAACCCCUUCAAGGCGUACAACGCUCGCUGGCCCAUGCCGGCCGCUGCCAGUGGGUCGCCCUCGAACCUCUUCUACUCGUUUGACAGCGGCAGCAUUCACUGGGUCGUGCUCUCCUGCUACUCCGACUACUCCCAGGGAUCCGCUCAGUACAACUGGCUGCAGGCAGACCUAGCCAAGGUGGAUCGCAAGGUGACGCCGUGGCUGAUAGCGGCGUUCCACGAGCCGUGGUAUCACAGCAACAAGGACCACCAGAAGAGCGGCGAGGACAUGCGCCUGGCGCUUGAGAAGCUGCUGUACGGCGCGCACACGGACGUGGUGGUGUGCGGCCACGUGCAUGCUUACGAGAGGACGCUGCCUCUCUACAACAACGCCCAGGACCCCUGCGGCAUGGUGCACCUCACUGUCGGCAGCGGUGGGGCCGACCUUUACACAAGUUUCCUCUCCCCCAAGCCUGUGUGGUCGGCCUUCCGGCAGGCAGCGUAUGGGUUUGGGGUGCUGUCAGUGGGAGGGGGCGCCAGCAAGGGCGAGGCGGUGUGGAGGUGGAGGAGGAACAGCGAUGCAGCGGGGGUGGUGGCAGAUGAGGCGAGCAUCAUAUCGCAUGCCAGCAGCAAGGCUCCUGCGCAGUGCCGGGUGUGA